GAUACGACCAGCCAUGUCGGAUAUAAAGCUCAGCAGCGCGUAUCCGAUACCCACUUCCGGUCCCUGUCAUCUCCUCCGCUGUAUUCUUGAUUCACCAUGCAACUCACCGACUCUGCGCAUGAGCUCGUUCUGACGGAGGUUCCCGAGUUCGGGCACCAGUCCCGCUCACUCUUCCAAUUGGACCCUAACUUCACCCACCUGAACAAUGGCUCCUUCGGUGUCAUCCCCCACUACGUCGAGGAGGCCACGCGCCGCAUGGCCGAAGUCGGCGAGGCCAACCCCGACAUGUUCAUGCGCCAAGGCCGCUUCUGGCGCGCCAUCGACCGCUCACGCGAGGUCAUCGCCGAGUACGUCGGCGCCGACAUCGACACCUGCGUCUUCGUCCCCAACACCGCAACCGGCGUGAACACCAUCCUGCGCAGCAUCCCGUGGGCGGAGGACGACCUCCUGGUGUACAGUGACAUCUGCUUCGACACGGUCGUGCGUGCAGUGGAGUCGCUGGCGCACUUUAAGACGGCGCCGAGGACGGCGGUGCUGAAGCUGGGGCUGCCGGCGUCGCAUGCAACGAUUCUGGAGAGCUUCGGUGCGCAGUUGAAGCAGUGGCGCGCGGGGAUGGGGUCGGACGCCAGGAUUGUCGUUGUCCUCGACAGCAUAGGGUCUACGCCGGCAGUCUUGCUACCAUGGAGGCAGAUGGUCAAGAUCUGCAAGAAGGAGGGCGCCUGGAGCUUAGUGGACGCCGCGCACUCGCUCGGCCAGGAGAAGCUGAACUUGAGGGAGAUCGACGCCGAUUUCUGGGUAGCUAACUGCAGCAAAUGGUUCUACGCCAAGCGCGGAUGCGCGCUCAUGAACGUCGCCUACCGCCACCACGACAUCAUGCAGCCCCUCAUUCCCGCCAUGGUGAACGACGGCCCCGGGCACCAGAUCAACCCCAACAAAUUCGUCACCCAGUUCUACUGGAACGGCCUCGCCGACUGGCUCGCCUACAUGAGCAUCGAGCCCGCGCUCAACUUCCGCCGCCAAAUCGGCGGCGACGACAAGAUCAAUUCCUACUGCCACGACCUCGCCGUCCGCGGCGGCCUCCGCACCGCCGAGAUCGUCGGCACAGAGGUGCUCGACUCUCCUGCGGGCGACGGAGAGCUCGUUGCGAACAUGGCCAACGUCCGCUUGCCCAUCGACACCUCGAUCCCGGGGCCGAAGGUCUUCCAGCUGUUCCACACGGAGAUGAUGGGCACGCAUAGGAUAUACGCUGUCCCAUAUAUGUUCAAUGGGUCGUGGUGGGUGCGGGUGUGCGCGCAGGUCUAUGCAGAGAUGUCGGACUUCGAGCGCUUGGGGCACGUUCUCGUGGAUGUCUCUCGCAAAAUCAACUCUACAAAGGACUCGCGGUUCACUACGUUCCCGUAAAUGAGUGUAGAGGCAUCGUUGUGUAUGCUCAUGUAUUAUUUUAUACCAUCCUAUCUUAUUGACGACGUUGACGACCACAGAGGCAUGGCAAGCAAUAAGUCCAGUGGGUGAUUACGUUGUGAAAUGACCUCUCCGGGCCUCAAAUGCAAUUGAAACAGACAAACAACAAGCGG